GAACUUUACCGGUUAGCAGGUCACUGACCGCAGCCAUCCACGUCUUGAUCUUAUAUUUUACGGACGGACGAAGGCUUAGAAAGGACAAUGCUAAGAGUCGGGAGGCUGAUCAAAGACUCCCCUGUGCGAUGGGCGGCCGCUUAUAAGGUGACAAAGGGUGCGUUUGUCGGGACUACACGUCAACGUUUCAACGAGGAAUUUUUGGGGAAGACCAUCCCGAUACCAACUCCUCGUCGAGAGGGGACAAAUAUCCGUGUACUCAGUAUUGGGAGUGGAUCAGGAGAAGCGGACAGCGUUAUCUUGAGGAAGAUCAUGCAAAGUCAAACUAGCGUGUACAGCCGAGUCGUGGAACCCUCGGGAGAAAUGCUGCAAGAUUUUAAGGCCAUGGUACAACAAGACACGAGCCUCGGUGCAGUGAAGUUUAACUGGCGCCAACAGACAGCGGAAGAAUACUUUUCCGACUACGAUGGUACGAAGUUCGAUCUUGCCCAUGCUGUGCGGGUUCUGUACCAUGUAGAGGACCACCACGCCGCCUUGCGGAACAUGUGGGAACAACUGGCCGAUGGGGGCUACCUGUUUGUGUUGCUUCUAUCGGACAAAAGAGGCGUGGGGAAACUGCACCAUGAAAUGUGGAAGUGGUUCCCGCAUGAAAACGAUCGUCUGCAGACGUCACUUCGCACUUCUAGUGACGUCACUAGGUCGCUGGAAUCCAUGGGCAUCAGUUACGUCAUCGCAGAGGACGAGCAUGACGUCAACCUCGCGGAGUGCUACAAGGAGGACUCGGAGACGGGAAGACUGCUUCUCGACUUCUUGACGCAAACGUCGAACGUCUACGAAUAUCCCAAGAUGAGGUCGGCAGUCUUGGAGUACUGUCUGCGCAAUUCGUCAUUGGUGGAUGAUAAGAUCGUUUUCAAAGUACGUACCGCGGCUAUCAUCGCCCGUAAAAAUGAAAAGAACAUGUAG